AUGACCAACUACACUGUCAUAUCUGAGUUUGUGCUGCAAUGCAUGAUCACGCCUAGUCAACGAACCCUGGCGAUUGCUGCCCUUGUCUUUGUCUAUGUGGCGUCACUCUUUGGAAACCUGAUCGUCAUUGUAGUUAUAAAAAUUAACUACAAGCUGCACACUCCAAUGUAUGUCUUCAUUGGCACCUUGGCAGUGAUAGAUUUGGCUAACAGCACCAUCCUCAUACCAAAAAUGCUGGCUGACCUUCAGUAUGAAACAGCAUCAGUCCCAUACCGGGCGUGCAUGCUGCAGAUGUAUGUUAUACUGAAUAUGGAGGAGAUGGAAUCCAUUUUAUUAAUAUUCAUGGCUCUUGACCGUUAUGUGGCUGUUCUCUACCCGCUAAGAUACCCUUCAGUCAUUACCAUGAAGUUUGUUUGGACUGUUGUCUUAUUUUUGCCUGUGUUUACAUUUCUUUUGAAUUCACUCUUUGUUAUUUUUGCAACGGAGCUCUCCUUUUGUCACACAAAUAUCCUACCUUAUUGUUUCUGCGAUUAUGCAACCAUGGUUAAUGUGGCUUGUAAUGACGAUCCCAAGUAUUUAAGUCUUUUGACCAACAAUACGACUGUCUUUGGUUUAGUGGCUUUCGCUCUGACUUUGUUCUCCUAUGCCAGGAUUGUUCUGGCAGCUUUGAAAAUCACAUCUUCUGAUGGAAAAAAGAAAGCAUUCAGCACGACGUUCACACAUUUACUGGUUGUGGGGUUUUUUCAUUUUCCACUUUUAUCGUCUUAUAUUCUUCCUGGAGCAGGAGUCAAAAUGUCUGCACAAGCCUAUAAUACAAUGGUGAUUGUUGGAAACGUUGUUCCUCCCAUGUUGAAUCCAGUAAUCUACAGUUUCAGGAACAAUGAAAUAAAAAAUACCAUUUACAGGCUGUUUAAGGGCAAAAGAACUGUUCCAGCAGCCCUUCACACCUAA